UAGUGUACCCUUAAUACACACGAUGUGGAUCAUUGAUGGGGCUUAUCUUUGGCUUUUUUGGCUUUAAAUCUGCUUUUCGUGACGGUGACAUGCUGGAAUAUGGAAGAUGGGAAUUCUAAAGAGAGCGGGAUAUAAAUGGAGAUGUUGCACAAGGCUGUAUUUGUACACCAGAUUACCUGGAAUUGGUUCAUAAGUCUUAGAGUAUACUGAAGAAGGAGUAAAACCAGGAAUGAAAACAUUGGAAAGAAAAUCAUCUACCAUUUUUUGAGAAUCACUCACUCAGCUUGGAGACUACAUCUGUCCAUUUUAGAAGUAAUGGCGCUUAAAAAAAGAUAUUAAACCUCAUUGAAAAGGACAUUUUAAAUCAUCGGAUCCUGCAAAAUGAAUUAGCAAAGAUGUAGCACACAUAAGUAUUCAUAAUAAAAGAAAUAAUAUUUGCAUCAUGGAGACUCCUGAAGCCGCUCUUGCAGUAGGAUGUUCCCCACAGGGAGACACUUUAGAAGAAGAGAAACACUCUGAUACUGAAAUGGUCCAAAGAGAUCAUUUUCCUGGCACCAAGGACAAAAUAGGGCUAACAGAGAGACCCCACAGUGACGAUUCGAGGUCAUGUCCCAGUAUUGAGACACAAACGGUGGGGUCAAGAACUAGUCCCACCUUACAAGCCAGUGACAAGAAUCCAAUCUACACAUGGAGGAAGGCACGUUUCCCUCCCCCUGGCAAAAGAUGUUUCCAAUCAAGUGUUAACCUCCUGUCAGUGGGUGUGCACAAAAAAGAGCUGAAAGUAAAGAAGACAGGAAAGUAUGUGUGUCAUUACUGUGGGAGAGCAUGUGCCAAACCCAGUGUGCUGAAAAAGCACAUACGUUCACACACUGGUGAGAGACCAUAUCCAUGUGUUCCUUGUGGUUUCUCAUUUAAAACUAAAAGUAAUUUGUACAAACACAGAAAGUCUCACACACAUGCUGUCAAAGCAGGAUUGUUUCCAUUUUCAGAGCAAGAUAGGAAGCUUAGUAGUAUGGAUGAAGAAGUUACAGUAGGAGAAGGAGAAAUGCACUCAGAAGCUGAGCAGAGCACUGACACUGACGAGGAAGUGAGAGAAGAGGCAGCUCUUGCACAAAAACAGCCCUUGCACAGAGGCAGCUCUAUCCAAAUGAAGGACAGGGGGGAUAAUGUACAAGAAAAGUGUGGUAGACAUACACAAAAGAUCCCUGGGAUAACCUUUACUCAUAGUUCAUCAAAUGAGAGCAUGUCUGGAAAAGUAUCUUUAUGGCAGUUUAGAGAAAUGAUGACACCUGUUAUUGUCACUCAGGUGGACCAAGAACUUGAGUCUUCUACCAUAAAGCAAAGACUUGCCCUUAGGCUUUCAGAGAAGAGAAGUCAAGAUUCCCUCUCGCUCCCCAGCUCAUACAGCAAAAGCAGCACUGACUCUGGCUACUUUUCACGCUCAGAGAGUGCAGAACAGCAGUUCAAUCAACCCAGCGCAAAUGCUAAGUCAUACCAAGAAAUUAUGUUUGGGAAGUGUUAUAGACCAAGCGCCAAGCCAAGGCAAUCAAUCACUGUACAAACUUGCAUGACAGACAUAAAAGAGACUCCAUCCAGUUUCAUGAUUAAAUUGACCAAAGGAAUGGCACCUGAGGAAGCCACAUGCCAUUUGCACAGACACAAAAAAGACCUGGCAAGAUCAAUAAAAAUCGAAUCAGAAUCUUUUCAAGAAGAAUAUCAGGAAAUCCCAGAAAGGUUUCAGUGUAGGACUGAUUUAUUAGAAACCCCACCAGAAUGUGGUUUACUUUUACGGAGUAAUUCUCUUCCAACACCGUCUGAUUCCAAUGUAAGUGCACCACAGGCACUAAGAAGCAGUAAUUCUUUUGAUGAGAGGAUGACAAAUGAGGAAAUCUCCUUUCGUAGCUCCAUGGGCAUGAGAAAGCUCAUGAGACAGGCUGCCUUCGAGCAUUCUGCACAUGAAGGUCAUGCAGAACCGGAUAACCACACUUUGGUUUGUGGCCUGAAAUCAGAGCCAAAAGUUGACAGUGCUGAUGAUUCUAAAAUUGGAAUAGAGCAUUGUCCAGAAUCAGAGUCAUGCUUCAUGUUUCCAAACCACAUGAUGGAAAAUGCUACAAGGAAACGUAGAAAAGGAAAGAACAUUAUGGAAGAGGAAGAUUUUUCAACCCAAAAUAAGCCUUCAUGCUUGCCUGACCUUACAGGGGACCUUUCUUCAAAGCAAGAUAUUCCAGAUGCUGCAAAUACUGACACAGAGAGAUGGACUGGCAGCAAUGUUAUCUCUGUAAUUCAGCACACAAAAUCAUUAAGCAGGCCAAGUUCUGCAGAGAAAUCUACUGAUUUUGAGUCACAACAGUUUAAUAAAAGUACCCUUUACCAAUCAAUUAAAAAGGAGCAAAUUAAAGAAAAGUACAAAACUGAUCCACUAAUGCCUCCUGGAAAAAUAGACAGUCAAUAUAGUGGAAGUGGUUUGAUCUACCAGUGGUCUCAUUUAUCCAAACAACUAGCUUUUCAGUCUGGUAUUCAAGUUCCAGAGAUUAGAGUUACAGAGGAGCCUGACAAACCAGAAAAAGUACGAGAUGUGCAGGUUAAACCAAAUGAAAAAAACAGAGAAGAAUUCCAAUGGCCUCAGAGGAGUGAAACUUUGUCUAACUUCCCAGUUGAAAAGCUACCUCCAAAAAAGAAACGCUUGCGUUUAGCUGAGAUGGAAUGUUCCUCUGGUGAAUCGAGCUUUGAAUCUGCUUGUACUAGUCUCUCUAGAAGCCCAAGUCAAGACAGCAAUUUAUCUCACAGCUCAAGCUUUUCCCAGUCACUUGACAGAGAGGAAAGUAUACAUGUUGCAUCUCCUGCUAAAUCAGAUGAGUUUAGUAAGUGUUUGGAGUUCUUGUCUGUUCCAGGAAGUUCACUAAGCCAGCAGCGGGAGAUGAGGCGCUCUGCAUCAGAACAGGCACCCUGUAACUUACCCACUGAAUUGCCAGAAUUUAGAAGUAAGUCCUUUGACUAUAGCCACCUUUCAUUUUCAACCAGCCCUAUCCAAAGUGACAUCUAUGCCAGUGAAUGUGGAUAUAAAGAAAGAAGAAGAGGUUGUUUGGUUAGACAGGAUUCUUUGAGUGGUGAUCCAGAGACACAUGAUAAAUCUGUGGAGCUGAAUGCCACACAAGGAAGCUCAGAUGCAGUUGAAAUAGGCAGGAAAAUGCCUUCUCCAGACAAACAGUUUUUGUUGGAAGCUUCCUUUAGUGGCAUUGAAAAAAUGAGGUACCCUUUACUGCAUGGAAGUGUUUCUCCACAGGAGCUAAUUUCACAAGACAUGUCUAGGAUGCCAGAGCAAAUCCCUCAUAAACAACCACUUCUUCCCCAGAAAAUCAAGAAAGAACCUGAAGAUCCAAAAACAGCUGAAGAUAAUAGAAUUGCUCUUGUAGAUCUACCAAAAGACCAUUCACAUAUUGGUGUGACCAAUGUCCUGUCAACAUUAGCAGUUCUUUCACAAGCUCAGCCUGCUUUAGCCAGUCGGAGCUUGCAUGGUUUGCUGGUUCCAGUCAGAAUUCAGAUGCAAGUACCAUGCUAUGGAAACAUCACAUACACUAGUAUAUCUCAUAUUCUGGAUUCUCAGUAUGCAACAAAUUUGGUACCUAAUAAUGUCAUUACUCAGAGUCAAUGUUUAAGUUUUACAUCACAACACAGUGUAGGUUUUGAUGUAUGUCAAGCACCAGGACAUCAAAGAGGACUCCACAACCCACAGUCAUCACCUGCAAAACUAAAUACAGGCAUACCUCUUUCCUUGACCUCUCGAACAAUUUCAACUACAGAGGCCCCGAGUGGUGGAGCUAGUAAACGAAUGCUUUCUCCUGCCAGUAGUAUUGAACUCUUCAUUGAAGCGACUCAACAAAAACGAGUCAAAGAUGAGAAUAUGUAUGGGCAAAUUGUAGAAGAACUUAGUGCGGUGGAAUUAGGACACCCUGAUCUUGGAAAAGAGAAACAAAAGAAAGAGAAUGUGAAAAGUCCAUCUGUGGCUGUUGAGGAAAUAGAAAUGGAGGAUCCUAAUAUAGGUUUCUACCAUAAAGCAGGAUUGUCAUUGUCUGGCAGUGUUUCUCCAGAAUCAAUUUUGGUAAAUAAUUUGCCUAUACCAGCACAGAGUGCUGCAAAAACCUUAUCUAGAGACAUUGCCAAUACUUGGAUACUAUCUCAGUUUCCAGGUCUUCACACUACAACUUGUGUAAGUUGGUGUUAUCUUAAUUGUUCCAAACCAAACAGCACCCAAACAGCACCUCAGUUCUCUGUAUAUGCUUCUUGGUUUAUGAGAUGCCAUAAUCCAAAUCCACCAAGUCUCAGUACCGGAAAGGCUCUUGCUCUUCUCCAAUCUAAACAGAAGAAACAAAAUGCCACAUAUACAAUUGCAGCCAUGUAUCAACCAGGAAUACUUGUUACUACAAAUUUGUCCAGUCACAAACAGGAACAGGGGACCAUUGAGGCUAGGGUGGGAGACAUAUCAUAUGAUUCACAAAUGAAAGAGAUAAAGCAAAAAUCUAGACCUUCACGUGAUAAUAGCAAGGAAACCGAGGCACCUUUAAGGCAAACAGAACCUGCUCGGGUAAAGAUUUUUGAAGGAGGGUACAAAUCAAAUGAGGACUAUGUGUAUGUCAGGGGACGCGGCCGUGGGAAGUAUAUUUGUGAAGAGUGUGGUAUUCGAUGUAAAAAGCCUAGUAUGCUAAAGAAACAUAUACGUACUCACACAGAUGUGAGGCCCUACAUAUGCAAGUGCUGUAACUUCGCCUUCAAAACAAAAGGGAACUUGACUAAGCAUAUGAAGUCAAAGGCUCACUUGAAAAAAUGCCUUGAGCUUGGUGUUUCACCCAUGAAUAUGGACAAUACAGAUGUUGCUGAGCAUGAAGAUGAUGUGCAGAAAUCAUCAGAGAUCAGACCAGUAACGGAUGCAGCCAUUAAACAUCAGUUCUCGGAUGCGGAUGACUCGGAUGGUGGUGAGGAAGAUGGAGAUGAACCAGAUGAUGAUGAGGACGAUGAAUAUGAUGGGGACUCUACUCCAAGAACCCAAUCCAGAAGCACAAGUCCUCAACCUUACACACUUAACAAGCCAUUUCCCUAUAUCUCUUUCACUAAGAAUUUGGACUCUAAAGAAAGGCUUGAAGCAUCAUCUGUCGGUAAUGAGGACGAGCUGACUCUGGAGCAAAGAAACACCUCAUAUGAUCCUUGUACACCUCAAUUGCUCUCUCUUUGUUGGGACUCACCUCAUACGAGGAGCAUUUGUCUAAGGGGGGAUCUGUCCCCACAAGGUCAUCCAGGAAGAGCCCCCUCCCCCUUGAGACCCAUUUUUUCAAGAAGAGACAUGAACAUCAGAGCAGAUGUCUCACCCAUUCGCCAGCUUUCACCUGUAAGGCCCAUUUCAUCAGCAACAGAUGUAUCAAGGUAUCGUGCAACCUCUCCACGUGGUCAACACAGAGGCUUGCUAAGGGCUGCAUCACCACGUAGGGGAAACUAUCAGCACAGAUCUUAUGUAGAUUCAAGCAGAGAGAUGAAAAGUGAAGCCUCUGCCCUAAGACAAACCACUGCAGUGUACCCGCAAAUGGAUAAGCGAGAGGCCAUUCUUCAAAAUGUCACUGAUGGCAUGCACAGUGGUACAGAUGCAUCCACUCUUCCCAGCCAAGGCAUCUUCAGCCACUUGCCUCUGCAUUCUCAACAGCAGGUACAAUCUCCAUUCCCAAUGGUCCCCAUUGGAGGUCUAAGAAUGCCCUCUGUCUGCCCAUCUGGUGUUCCUGUAGAUAGACACUCUCAGUCGCUACCACAGGGUGACAUACCAGAGAGGGCUAAUUCCAGGCAAGCCUCAGUGUGUAUUCCAGGACCUGGAGUAAGCAACAUAUCAUCACAGAGGAAGGAGCAGCCAAAAUCUUGCACUGGUCUUGCCAGAGAGGACAAGCAAGAGGAAAGUGUCCACAUCUGUGCAGAGGCUAUUGCAUCCCUCAGGAUCACAUCAGAGGAUAUCAUUGGUAAUCCUCCAAAAAGCUGAUUUAAAUAGCUUGUUGUAAAACAUUUUAUUAAGUCAAGCUAAAUCAAGCUCAUAUGAUGAUUGUUGUUUUGGUAAGGUGCAAUAUGUGGCCAAAAGAAAUGAAAAAGCGUAUAUGCACAUAAUUUCAUAUACAGAUGCACAGCACAUAUUCUAAUCAAACUGCCAUAUCAAAGUCACGUUUCCUAUAACCACUACUUAUUUGUCCACACAUCUACGGCCAUAUAAAUAUAUGCAGUCCAUGAAUAUUGAAGAGGUAUUUCAGGAGAUUUAUUCAAACAUUUGAAUCAUUGGAAAUUAUUUCUAUUUUUUCAGCAACUUUAAAAGUACCAUGACUUUCCAAAUCUAGUGCAUUAACUUGUAUUGAUCAUGACUAUAAAUUAAUCAUCCCUGUCUAAUCAGCUUGUGCCUUUUUAGAAUUGUUUGCCUAUGCCUCAGUGAGACAGAAGUAUUGGAUGUAUUGUUAAAGCAGUGAAUAUAGUGUUAAACUGAUCUAAAGUACUGUUGAUGCUUUUGAAAUUGCACUCAAUUCAUAUUCUACAGUUUGAAUACUAAAAUUCAGUAGUGCUACAAAUAUUGCUUGGUAUAUAGUUGUUAUUUAUGUUUGCUGGUGCACUUGUUUAAUCUUUCGACUUUUCAGCACUUAUGCAACACAGUGACAUGUUGUUCAUGUAGUUUAUGAUAUGAUGAUGUAUUAUUGCUAUGAUAACCUAAAGUCAUUUGUAAAUGUUAUGCAGUUAGAUGACUAUGUAAAGCACUUUCUACUGAAGUAAUUGACUGAUGCCGUGUAGUUGAUAUUUGGGCUAUUUGGAAUCAUUGUAUGAUUGAUUUUAUCAAAUGGCACAACAUUCCAGCCACUGUUUAGUCAAUUAUAUGCACAUAAAUAUACACAUUGUGUUGGGUAGUAAAUGAUUACAUAUCAAAUAGAUUAUGUAUUCAGGUUACAAAAAAUGCUGAACUACAUACAACCAGGAUAAUGCAUUCAGGUCAUGAAAAGUAACACGGCAAUCAACCCAGAAUGCAUUAAAAUCUUUUUUAUUUACAGACUAAUUUUGUAAACACAUACAAAGUCAUAUUGUGUCUGAUAAUAAUCAUAUUUGAUAACACAAAAAUAGGAAUUAUACGUUUACAUUUUUUUCCUCAUAAUAAGCCAUUGAAAACAUGAAGUAAAGUGUAGCUAACCAAAACAUAAUUUUUCUAACAUGAAGCAAUUUACGUAACACAUUUUCUUAUUUCUGAACACAUAUCUUGAUGAAUCUUAUACUACACCUGCCUAACAGCUAAACAUAUUUUUAAAAAUCUGAUUAUGUUGUGUUUUUCAUAAAUUCAUAAUCAGUGCCUGAGUACAUUUUCUAAGUAAUCUGCCCAACACUACACAUAUUCUCAUUAACACACAUGCAUCUAAGCACACAUGCACUCACGCCAAGGUACACACACACACACACACACACAUACAAUCAUGUACUGUAAUUAUUUUUUUCUAGUGUGUCCUGUGAGAACAAGAAUUCAUGUCUGUACAACUUUUUCUUCUUGACAUCAGAUUUGAAAUUGAACUGUGUGUCUGAUUGUGUACAGUUUUAAGGUGCAAUUGUUUUUAAAUGUCUCAAAAUGAAAGUCUUGUAUUAGACAUAUAGAGGAAAUCAGUAUGAUAUUUUGGGACAAGAUCGAUCUAAUGUUCCAUUUUAGUGUUCACGUAAUAUAGGCUAUAAUUGAAAUUUACAUCAGUGAGUGUUAAAACAAUGAGCUCAUGAUAAGGUUAGUUAUAUGAAAGACUUUUAAUGUCAUGUUUACAUUAUAACUAAUAGGGUAUUUUGUUUCAUUUAGUUCAAUUGUAUUUAUUGCAUUUGAUAUAUCACCAAAGUCUGAUAUAUCUUACAUGAACAUCAUUCACAUGUAUUCAGAAAUAAUUAUUUAUUGCCCAUGAAGGCAGCUGAUUUCUCUAUGAUACUGUGUUUAUUUUUCUUUUCUGAUUACAAGAUGUCCAUGAGUAUAUUAAAAUUAUAUAAUAAGGAUUUGUCAGCAAUGUUCUUACCUCAAAUUACUUACAAAUAAAUGUUUAAU